AUGCGCCCACCGGUGCGGUUGUUGCAGCCAUUGGAGGCACCCAGCCUCCAAUUCUCUAAAACACUAUAUGUCUGCUCCAACUGCCGAUACGAAGUGAUCCCCUCGUGCUCUGCUGGCCACCAGCAAGCUCGACGUAAUGCCUCCGGCAACACCCCAUUCACCGAAAAGCUUCGCAGACGAAUCUGGGGCACCGAUAACCCACCUGGCCUGAAGGACCCCUACGGCGGUGAAGGCAUGAUUGCCCGAACUUGGAAACAGCGCAAGGAGGAAUACCUUGGCCGCAAGGAAGAGGAAGAAAUCCCAGAGGAGGAGGAGGAAUACAAGUUCCCGACAAUACCAGAUGAUGAUCAAAAGAGACCGGACUUUGUGCCGGCGACGCAUGCUCAUAAUCUGAAGAAAUUGGGGCAUCUUAGUUUCUGGAAGAAUUUCCCGCCAUCGGAUGCGGAUGCUUAUUACCCUUUCCUUGCUCGCCGGAAGAUCCGCACAAAGGAGCAUGUACGUUCCGCAGCUCACUCGGUUGCUGUCGAACUAUGCAUUCUACAUGACCUCAAGAAACCUCUAGACGUUGCCUGUGACGCUGCUCAACACCACCAAUCCGUCUGGGCGAUUAUAAGGAGAUGCCAGAUCAAGGAAAACGCGCAAAGCCUAGACGAUGCACUCAUCUAUCCAAGUGAAGAGUCAAAGAAGCUUCUUCACUUUGUGUUCAAUCAACUCGGGCCACAGCCGGAGAACAAAGUCGAGAGCAACGAGGAGGUUGAAUUAAAUAGUGAAGCUAUCAAGGCGGAACUCAAAACUCCAAAGUUCUACGAACCCGAUACCCAAUCGCGGGCAGCUAAGAUCUCGUUUGAGCCGCGAGAUAAAGGUUAUCUUACUCUUCCUCUGAAUAAACGCUCCGUCAAAUUUGCCUAUUUAAAACGCCUGGCACAAAUCACCGGUUAUCCUGUUCCCGACACCCGUGCUAACAAGGCUCAAAACGUCAAGCAUGUGACAGAUUAUCUCGAAAAAGUGAUUUGUCCGCCCAAGAAACUGGCUGAGGAGCUCUCAUCUCUACCAUCCCGGCGAGGCAUACCCAAUCUCACAGUCAAGUACAAGCGAUACACCAAGCGAGAUCAUGACCGCGACACCGGAAGACAGCAACUUAUCGAUGAGGCCCUCCGCGAAAGGGGACUUCUUUAUGAACAAGACGAAACGACUAGGUUUCGUUUAUAA